CCGAAGUCUGCAGCUCUCUCGCAGAUUUUAGACCCGUCUCCGUUGAACUAUUCUACAACAGUAAGUUUAAUUACGACUUCUACGAUCAAAUGGGAGAAAUUACUCAAGAUGAGCGAAGAAUUUGGAACAGAUGAUGCUAAAAAACAACAUGGUUCUCUCACGAAUGAAGAAUUUCACCAAAGUUAUGAUUGUGAAACACAAAAUUCGAACCACCUCGAAACCCUGCUUUCCGAAUCUGAUACCUUAAAUAACACUGACAAUAUUGUGGCUAACAAACCUGAUUCCAAUGUUGUAAAACCUGAUUUCUUUGAUACAGAUCCUGAUUAUUUAUGUGGAAUCGGAAAUUUCCGGCCAAAACAAUUACAGCAUUUUACAAACAUAUAUUUUUUUAUUAUUUUCUACGCCGGACCUGCUCUUGUCACGUCUACUCUUACAAGUUAUAUCAUAUCUCAAGUUACAGCACUUGAACGACAAUUUGGCUUUUCCAGUGCCAAUAGCGGUUUUCUUUUGGCUUGCAAUGAUAUUGGAUUUCUCAGCACUGUUCUGUUGGUCAGUCACUGUUUUCGAAAUAAGCAUAUUCCACGCGUCUUAGCAGCUGGCACAUUCGUUUUUGGGAUCUCUGGCCUUAUAUGUGCAUCACCCUUCUUUUUGGAUUCUUCAGCAAUUACUGAUCAACAUCUUGAACAUCCACCCACUGACAAAGGUCGAAAUUAUACCAACGAUGCACUUUACAUGUGCACUGAGAAGCAGGAUAUAAAACCCCCAAAUGAAUCUUCUCCAACGAAUUUAUGGGCGCUUUCACUGAUCGCAAUUGGGAUGAUGUUACAAGGAAUGGGCAAAUCUGUUAGAACACCAUUGAUAGCUGUAUAUGUUGAUAACAACGUGAAGAGAACAAAAACUGGGAAGUAUAUGGGUAUCAUCACAGCCAUUGGAAUAUUUGGUCCAGCUGUAUCUUUUUCGAUAGCUACAGUCUUCAGCCGUAUGCAUUUUUCACUCAGAGAUGUAAACAUAACUCCAGAAGAUCCCAGAUGGAUUGGCGCUUGGUGGCUGGGAUUCUUAAGUUUUGGUGGUGCAUCUUUAAUUUUGUGUAUUCCAUUAAUAUUCUUUCCGAAACGUUUGCCACGUAAACAAAAUAAUGAUGUUAAGAUGACUGAAAUGGUGGAAACGACAGAAACGACAGAAACGAAGAAAGACAAGACGCUAAAACCAGAAGUUAACAAAGCAAAUUUUAUGAAAUAUAUUAAAGAUUUUUUCCGUUCCCUUCGGCGUAUAUGCCGAAAGAAAAGUUACCUGUUUCUUGUAUGUGGCGUCACCUCAAACAUUGUGGGUGUUAGUGGAGUGAGUUCAUUCGCAGCGAAAUAUAUUGAAACUCAGUAUCAUCUUCCAGCUUGGAAAUCAAAUGCAGUUUUGGGAGUCAUCAACCUGCUUGCGUUGUCUAGUGGAACGCUUUCAGGUGGAAUAUUGACAUCAAAAGCGAAAUUUUCAGCCAGAGGGAGUUUAUGGUUCAUGACCCUUUGUUACAUUUUCGUUGCUCUCAUGGGAAUGUUGAAUUUGAUAACUGGUUGUGACAGCGUCGCUAUGGUAGGACCAAGUGUCAUUCCAAACAGGGCUACAUUCGAGAAUGGCACCUUAAUUCCACACUGCAAAGAAUCUUGCUCCUGCGAUGACACAAAGUAUUUGCCAAUUUGUAGUGAAAAUGGUAUUAAUUAUUAUUCUCCCUGUUACGCUGGAUGCCACAGUAAAAAUGAAUCUACAUACAGUGAUUGCAGAUGCAUUUUUAAUUCAACAUAUGCAACCCCUACAAUCUGUGAGACUGGCUGCAGUAAUAUCAUCUAUUAUGCAAUCAUAGCCGUUUUGAAAUUUUUCUUUGGAACCAUGAAAAUAGUUCCAUACUAUAUCGGUAUCAUCAGAAUUGCUGGAGACAAAGACAAGAGUUUGGCUUUAGGUCUUUCGUCAUUUUCAAUUUCCCUUAUUGGUUGGAUGUCUGGGCCCGUUUUCUUUGGACUGAUUAUCGAUACUACAUGUUUGAUGUGGUCGUCUUCUGAUGGAGGCAGCAGAGGAUCAUGUGUUCUGUAUGACACCGACAAAAUGAGGACUGCAAUAUUUCUAACCGAAGGUGGACUUACGUGCCUGGCUUCAUUUUUUUGUAUGCUAGCUUUAAUUUGUCAUAUAAGAUCGCAAAAGCAGACAAAGAAAGAAGAAAUAGCAAAUGAAAAGUUAGAAGUAGAAAAUGAAGCACCUCAAAUGUAAUUCCUUUUGGAUAAUCCGUUCUAAUAUAUCCUAAUUCAUAAAGCAACUAUUAUUAUAUCGAUUAUAUGUGUGUGUUUAUGUGUGUGUGUGUGUGUGAGUGCGUGCGUGCGUGCGUGCGUGUUUGUAUGUAUGUGUGCAUGUACAUUGAUGACGUAUAUAAGAAUAUAUACAUUUUAAACAAUGGAAUAUAUUUUAUAAUGUGAGGAAGAAGUCUGAAGUUUUGUGGCGAAUUAAUCAUCAGAGAGAAAAUACACUGAUGAAGGAUAUUGUCUGAAACGUUGGACUUUUCUUCUUCGCCGUCGCAUAACAUUUAUUCCAUUCUUUUAAGUAUUUGUAUCUACUAUUUGCUAAAGCAAACCCACACCAAAAUCCACACUUUUUACCAUUUUUCAGUGUUAUAUAUUUCCCUCUAUUUAACUCUUUCAUAUCGCCUCUGCUGAAGGGAUAUCUCUAAUAUCUCUGAAACAGCUGUAACACUACCUUUCUCUAACUCUACUUUUUCCCUCUAUUUAACUCUCUUCGACAGAACUUUCCUUGGAUAACAGAACUACAAUUGCAACAUCAAGCUUAUAUUUUAAUUUUUAUUCUCUUAUUUCCCUUUAUACUUCUUAUAUCUCUCCCUUUCCAAAAUAACUUCUUAUAUUGAACUCUACUAUUUCCUUCUAUUUAACUCUUUCAUAUCGUCUCUGGUGAAGGGAUAUCCCACAUAUCCCUGAAGCAGCUGUAAGACUACCUUUCUCUUUAUAAAUGUCCUAGAAAUUUCACACUG